AUGUCAUCUAGCUUGCAGCAGCUCCAAAGUCAACAAUUCAGGGCUGCCAGUCUUGACUACUCACAGCACGGUCUAGACUCACCCGGCGCUCAAUCACACAUAACCACUUCUUCCGCCUCUCAUCAACCCUUUUCUUCAGGAACCCCCAAUGACGGAAUGCGGUCCAACAGUGUCUCCCAGGGCCUUGUAGACGCCUCCCCCUUUGCCGAUGAUUUUUCCUUCCCACCUCACGAUCUCCAAGACCAAAAUCCAAUCAUGUUUCUCGGAGAGCCAGACCAUGCUGCCGACAUCUUUUCCACGUCGCACCGACCCUCGAUAUCCUCCAUGGGCGGCCACCAAAACUCCAUAACAGUCAUGCCCGUUGCUUAUGGACAGGCCAUGGACCAACGACGACAUAGCAUCAUCGCCUCGGAGGACGGGAGUCAGGACAGCGGCCAUGCGGAGCCCAACUCUCUUGAAGAUGCCGGCGCUGACGAAUUUGGCCUACCCACGCAGGCUGCCGGAAGUAGUUCCGAGAUGAACGCAAAGUCCAAGGAGGACAAGACUGAUCAGACGCCCGCAUGGAGUGAGUUGAAGACGAAAGCUGGCAAAGAGAGGAAACGGCUUCCCUUGGCGUGCAUCGCUUGCCGGCGAAAGAAGAUUCGAUGUUCCGGUGAAAAGCCCGCAUGCAAGCACUGUCUGCGAUCUCGGAUUCCCUGUGUGUAUAAAGUGACGACGAGGAAAGCCGCACCGCGUACCGACUACAUGGCCAUGCUAGAUAAGAGACUGAAGCGCAUGGAGGAGCGCAUCAUCAAGAUCGUACCCAAGAGUGAACAAGAUGCGAACGCGGCGUCACUGACGCGGGCUGUGGUCAAGCCAGCGAUUCCAGGCUCACUUCCCACCUCCAAGGCCAACGCUAAGAAGAGAGGCUCCGAUGAAGCCUUUGGCCAGGACCUCGAUCACUGGGCGAAAGCACCGACCAAAUCGAAAAUUGAUGCGCCCAGUAAACCGACCUCGCUGCAAGCUCAAGAGGCGGAGGAGAACAGGUUAUUCCUUGAGGGCCUCGACGCUCUCCCACCCAAGGAAUUACAGGAGCACCUCGCCGAGGUUUUCUUCGAAAACAUAUAUGGUCAAGCCUAUCACCUUCUCCACAAGCCGAGUUACAUGAGAAAACUCAGAGCCGGCACGCUACCGCCAGUUCUCGUCCUAUCUGUUUGUGCCAUCGCCGCCCGCUUUUCCAACCACCCGAAGCUCAACAGUUCAUCACCUAACUUCCUCCGUGGAGAAGAAUGGGCCUCCCAUGCCAGAGAUAUUUGCACCAGGCGGUACGAAUGGCCUAACAUCACGAUUUUGACAUGUCUCCUGAUUUUAGGCCUGCACGAGUUCGGCACCUGCCAUGGUGGCAGGAGCUGGGCUCUCGGUGGACAAGCAAUCCGCAUGGCCUUUGCACUGCAACUCCACAAGGACCUGGACCACGACCCAUUGAACCGAAAUGGAUCAUCGCAACUAAGCUUUAUCGACCGGGAGAUACGACGGAGGACAAUGUGGGCCUGCUUUCUCAUGGACCGUUUCAACUCAUCAGGGACAGAACGGCCGACAUUUGUGAGGGAAGAAACCAUCGAGAUACCGCUACCCAUCAAGGAGAAGUACUUCCAGCUCGAUAUGCCUGCCCCGACGGAAACGUUGAGAGGCAAAGUUCCUCAUGCGGCACUUGGAGAAGGUGAUCAAUUUGCCGAUGCCAAGGACAACAUGGGUGUCGCCGCCUACAUGAUCAAGACAAUUACGCUGUGGGGUAAGAUUAUUACCUACCUGAACCAGGGAGGAAAAGAGCUUGACCCCCAUCCGAUCUGGAGUCCUGAGUCCCAGUACGCGGGGCUGAUCAAGGAUGCGGAAGAGCUUUUGGAAAGCACUCCCGACUUCCUGAAAUACUCACCGGAGAACCUACAGCUCCAUGACACAGAAAAGAUGGCGAACCAGUAUCUCUUCCUGCAUAUUGCGAUGCAGCAGAACAUUUUGUUCUUGAACAGAGUGGCUGUUGCAGCGCCAAAUAGCCCCGUUACCCAAGACAUACCUCGGGAUUUCAUCGCUAAAGCUGGAGACAAGACUUUCACGGCUGCGAACCGCAUUUCGGAGGUGCUCAAAGAUGCCGAGUCUUAUAUGGUUACGGCCCCCUUCGUUGGAUACUGCGCCUUUUCGUCUGGCACCGUCCAUACUCUAGGCAUUUUCUCUGGUAACCCUGCCGUGGAGGCAGCAUCCAAGAGGAACCUUGCAACCAAUGUCAAGUUUCUCUCGAAAAUGAAGAGGUACUGGGGCAUGUUUCAUUACAUGUCGGAAAAUCUUCGCGAUCAGUACCGGUCAUGUGCGGAUGCUGCAAGGGGAGGAUCACAGAAGAAAGAGUCGUCGACGGCAUCGCCCAUGUUCCAAUACGGUGACUGGUUCGAUCGGUAUCCCCACGGCGUAUCACAGUCCGACUUUUCCGAUCCGGCAACGCACAAGAAGAAGGAGAAGGGGGAUGAUGCAGUGUUGGAGCAGAAGCCGGAGCUGCACACUGUUGAGGAAUUCUUUACAACUUUGUCUCCACCUCCGAGCACUGAAGGCAAUCCGUCGCGGCCCAACCCGUCGAAGCGCAGGUCCUUUGCAGGAAAAAAACUGGGUGCGGCUAGCGUGCGAUCUGACGGAAGCCAGCUUGAUCCGCUCUCUACCGAGAACAUCGCCGCGUCAGCACAGGAGCAACUGAGUGCUCGCAUGCAUCAACAACGAAGCAUGUCCGGUGCGCUAGGUGGCCAGACCAGCGGCCCUGCCAGCUUCAAUGCUCUUAACGUGUCUCACUCACAAGGCUCGUCCUACCACGCUAUGUCUCCGAUUAGCCCUAUAGCUGUCGGUCAGUUCGCGCAUCACCACCAAGGACCACCGUCGUUCUACCCUCCCGAGUUACUCAGCAUGUCCCUCAACCAGCAGAACGGUAUCCUUCAACCUCUCGACCGGCAGCUUGUUUUGGGUGCUUAUUCGAUGGAUCCAGGAAACAUGGCAGGCCAGUUCGACGGCAUCGACUGGGACGGCAUGCCUACAGGCGCCAACAACGCCUCCGGGGCGCACCGAGAGGGCUCUCGGCCGCGGCCUCAACGCGGCGGAAUCAAUGGUAUGGGCGCUGGCCACGGCCACGGACAGGGAGACGGCAUGGGUUUUGUUGGCCAGGAAGCGUCGUCAGCAUGGUUCAUGCCUUUCAACAUGAAACCGCCCGAGAUCGGCCACGACAUGGGCAUGAAUCUCGACGGGUUCGGCAACAUGUUUAGCAACGGCUUGCACCACGGUGCGCGAUAA